CAUCCCUCACUGUCACGCACAGAAAUUUUGUCGACAAAGUAGAUACAAAGGAGUGACAAGAAAAACAAAAACAAAUUCAGUUUGUUGUUCAAAAUUUUCGGAUUAUUUACGUCGGAACCCGAGAAGCAAAAGCCAAAUGGAGGACGACUACGGCGGUGUAACGGAUUCGCCCAAACGGGGCCCGACUUUGUCGACGUCCACAUCCAGUUUCGAGCCGUUCGAUGCCCAUGAUCCCAAUCUGUCCCGGUUGGCCACAAAGAUGUUCCAAAAAACCGGCGAAUACAUCAGCCACGAGCUGGGAACCACCGCCGACGAUUACCGUCUGGUCGAGAAUAUGAGCAAAGCCAUGAUGGGCAAGGUGCAGGAGAUGAAGCAGAUGUCCGAAUCGAUAGCGGUCAAAAAUGCCGAACUGAGCCGGAAGUACGAGGAACUGAAACCACUUCUUCAGAAGGUGGACGACAUUGAAGCAACGGUAAAUAAGCUGGAGGCGGCUGCCUAUCAGCUUGAUUCAUACACGAUUCGAUUAGAAAACAAGUUCAAAUCUCUAAAAGCUAAGAAAUAAGUAUAUUUUACGGCAAACAACUCCAAGAAAACUGUAUAGGAGGGAGGGGUGGUAAUUUAAAUUGUGAUUUUAUUUGUAAUAAAAUUUUUAUUUUACGAAA